AUGGACUUCAUGGUCGUCUGGCUGCUGCUCCUAAGCAGCUUAUCCUCGUGUUCUGGUAUCGCCAGUGACAUCCAGUGCUUACAGGAGCUGAAAGAAUCGGUGAGUGAUCCUACCGGUGCACUCUCCUCAUGGAAGUUCUCUGAAAACGGCACAGAAGGGAACAUAUGCCAAUUCGCCGGCGUUUCCUGCUGGAACCCGUCUGACAGCAGAGUCCUGUCCUUGUGCCUCCGCAACAUGGGGCUUCAAGGGCCCCUCCCAGGAGACAUCUCUUUGCAGUUGAGGUACAUCCAAGAUCUCAACCUCUCGUACAACGGCUUCUCAGGAUACUCAGCUCAUGUAUAUUGUUCUCUAACGAGAAGCUUCUCAGGUGAAAUCCCGCCCGGCAUCGGAAACCUGACGUACCUGAGCAGCCUGAGCCUUCAGCACAACCGGUUCACCGGACGGAUCCCGGAGAAGAUCGGCAAGCUUGCACAAUUAACUACGCUGAACGUUGCAGAUAACUCGUUGUCAGGUCCCAUCCCGGGCUCUCUCCAGAGGUUCGCGCCGGAAUACUUCGCCGGCAACGGCGGUCUCUGCGGGGCGCCGCUGGACCGCAAGUGCAAGAGGCGUUUCCAUGUGCGGAUACACAUCAGGCUGCGCAGGAUCAACAACGCGUCCAGCAUCGGCGCCGCGGCCGGGUUCAUCGUGGGGUUCGUCGUGGCGUUCUACUUCCCACACUGGUUCGUAUUUUGUGGGGGUCUUCGUCCCUACAUCGUCCCUGUGUGCGGCUGAUAUGAUAGCGCUCAUCUUUCUCGAAGUUAUAUUAUGCCACUUUUAACGGGAGUUUCGUUCGUUAUUUUUAAGAGGGAUAUAAUCAUCUCAGGAAGUUUGGGGUUGAUGAACGAAACAAGCCAUUAGUCACAGCAUUUAAUUGUUACACCGUGUUGUAAAAUAAUGAUUCGGUCAUAAUUACAUUCUUUUUUGUUACGAUGAUGUUAAGUACCAACGGAUUACUUUUUUCUUUAAAUAGUUUAUGAUGGUUGACA